AUGAAAAUAAAUAUAGUUUUAUUUGUUGUUUUGUUUUAUUUCUUUUUUAAUAAUGGUUUCUCAAAUGGUUAUCCUUUUUCAAGUGGUGGCCUGGACCAAUCAUUUGUCAAAUUCGAUAUGGAUAGAGGGGUAUUGGAGAGGGCCUAUAAUAGUGGUAAAGAAGCUUUGGAAUCGAUUACAAAGAGUUCAAACGAUAACAAAUGCUUGAGGGAGUGCCUGGAAGAAAUGCACAGUAGCUGUAGUGAUAUGGAUGAUACUUCAACGAGCAGAUUGGCAGUAAAGUUGACCAAUUGCCAUUUGGAAAAGAGUGGUUUAAAGACUUAUAGAUGCACAUCCCAAAUGACAGUUAAAGAGUGUACAGGAUCAAUGGACCAGGUUUCCUUUUUGUCAUAUACAAAUUUUUAUAUUUCAACACAACAUGUUUGCCACUACAUCCAUCAAGAAUAUUUCAACAAAAAAACAGAACAAUCAGUAAAUAAACUUAUAGAUUCUACAGUGUUGUCAAUUAAUACUCUCGAUUAUAUAUCAUCUCAGUCAGAAGGUGUCUCAGAUUCAUUGGAUGAUAUUAAGAAAAGAUCAGAUUUAAUUCAAUCAGAGUUGCAAAGUCAAGCUGAAAAGCAAACAAACCUUUUAAAUUCUCAAAAGGAGUCAAUUAAACUAACAGAGGUUAUCCAAUCAAUAACAAACUCAUCAUUAUCAAAAUUAAAGAGCCUCAUUGAAUUCCAAGAUCAGUUAAUCGACACUAAUAAAGUAAUACUCGAUGUUCUAGAUCAGCUCGGUUAUCUUCAAAACUGGGUUCUUUCAGAGGUUGUUGAUUUUAAAUCCAUUUAUUUUUAUUUAUUUACAAUUGUGGUUAUCUAUAUAAUAUCAUCAACAAAAAGAACAAAGUCAGCAAGAGUACCUUUGGUUUUUGGUUUGGUUGUAGAUAUUUUUUUCGAGAGUUUUUUGUGUGUAAACAUGAAAACUACCUCAGAUAUUACUAGAGCUGUAUUAAAGUAUUUAAAUGGAAUUCCAAUCAUUCAUUUGGUAUGGAGCACUUUUAUUGACAGUAUUGGCAGCGGUGCAUCAACAGAGCUAAAUCAAUAUAUAUACUCAAUGAUAUCAAAUAUUAGAACUCUAUUUAUAAUAUAUUGUAUAAUUAUCCUGGCUUCAUCAAUUUGGUUUUACAAAAACUAUGAAAAAGAAAAUUAUUAUUUGCUUUUGGAAUUAUUAAAAAAACACAAAAAAUUAAAAAAGUCAUUAUACAACCAAGGUAUUAUCAAGAAUGCAAAUGGUGAUCAACCAGAUGAUUUCGAAGUUGUUUAA